GUGGAGUGAGUGAGUAAGUGGCGCGAGCAGUGAGACAACUGCAGGAGCCAAUCAAGAAGAAGUAGUGCUCUUUCAAUGUGAAUCAUUUUAGGGGCAAUAGUGAUUGGCGUUGGGCGUGACUGUGAGAUUCUGGGGCAGAGGACACCAACUAUGCUUUGGACCUCUAAAUGAUGACCUUGCACGGUGAUCCACACCUUGGCCCUGUUGGCAUUAUUGUGUCCCCAAUUCCUGCAAGUGCUUCUUGUUGUUCGACCGUGGAAGGUUAUGUUCCCCCACCUAGGGUUAUAAUGGAUCACAUCCAGCCCUCAAGAGUGGACCCAAGAAAGCAAGCCUUGCUCGAGGCACGAUUCUUUGGAGGGGCCAAGGGCUGUUCUUUGGACAACUCCAAUUCCACAGGCCUGGCGCAUAGUAACUCAGAGCUCGGUCUCGUUGGAGAGCACGCCUCAUCAUUGUCGCCCUCCCAUUCUCAGCCUAACUCUCAACCUGGCACGCCCCUGCCCGCCCAUCCCGCCUACAAACCCCAGUUCCAACACCAACAUCACAACCAUCCCUCAACCCCACUCCAGCCAAACACUCAGGCCAAUAUUGCUCCCAUGCAACAGGCCGGACCUGGAGGAGGCGUGGGUGGUGGUGGAGGAGGGGGCGGUAGCAACGGUGGCAAUGCCAGAACCACCCAACCAAGCCCCACCCCUGUCAAAGAAAAACGUCCCAGAAAGGGCUCUGGAACGGCUGUUGUCAUCAAUUCGAGUGGGCAGAAACCACCUCCCAGUUCGACCGGUCAACCCGUCCAGAACCGAGAAGCUCUUAUACCAAAGCAUAGUGAUAAUUUGAGUGGUGGUCAGCCGAAUAAUGCUGCUCCCGGGUCUCUGUAUCAGAGUCACGACUCAAACCUAAGUACGAACUCUUGCCAUUCUAACGAGGGCUCGCAGAACAGCGCCGUAGCCAUGGGUGUGGUGGGCAUGGACGGCUCCAAAGGGCCCACCAACCUCCUCGGUAUGGAUCAGACCAGUCCGGAGAAGAUGGCUCACGCCAUUCCCACGGCCCGCACGCCCACCGAGCGCAAACAGCGCAAACGGAAAAAGGACGAUGUGGACGGCAGUAGCAUGGACCCUCGGGCCGGUUCGGGUGGCAAAGGUGCCAAGAAGAUCAACGAGUACUUCAAGCAUCAGCCCUCUUCCCCGGUCCGGCAUCCCGGUGUGCCUCCCUCCUAUCUGUAUCCUCCUUCCUCGCCUCAAGCGGUUCCCUACGUGAGCUCUCCCUCGGGUGCCCCACCCCCUUACCCUCCCGGUUCCGGGGGUGGUGGAGGCGGGUCGGGUGCCCCGCCCACGGGAGGCUCGGUCACGGGCGACUACGCCAUGUCCGCCUUGAUGCAACAGCAAAUGACCACGGCAGCCCUGGCUAAUGUGAGCUCGGGCACCAAGUCUGUCCAGACGGACAUGAGCACGCAGGACAUUCGUAACUUGGAAGCCGGCUCGGCUACGGAGCUCGAGGUCAAAGAUGGACGCAUCGACGACCUGUCGCGCAUGAACGAUGAGCUCACUCGACAACUCGCGACCAAGCAAGACGAGAUCGACGAGAAGAUGUCCACCAUCAACAAGUGCUUGAGUGUCACCAAGGAGCUCCUCAUCGAGAAGUCCUCCAUCGAGAAGAAGGAGGCCCGAGCCAAAUGCAUGCAGAACCGCCUCCGACUCGGUCAGUUCGUCACGCAGAGGGUGGGAGCCUCCUUCCAGGAGAAUUGGACCGAUGGGUACGCAUUCCAGGAGCUAUCCAAGAAACAAGAGGACAUCAACAUGGAGAAGGAGGAGAUCGAGCGCAAGAAGAAGCAACUAGCCAAGAGGAAGCCCUCGGAAUCGGGCAACGCCAAUCGCAAGCGGUCCACUUCCAGCAAUUCCAUCACCAUCGGUGGCAAUUCCAGCUCCGGGGUGUCUUCUACCUCUGGGAACGGUGGUGGGGGCAGCGGGUGUGGAGCCGGGGGCAACGGAGGCUCCACCGAGCGAACCACCGGGGGCACCAAUGCUGUGAGCGGGAUCAAUGGCAGUAACGAUGAGACAUUGUUUACGAAACCUCCUCCCCGUGAUGGCAUGACCAUGCAAGAGUACUACGAGGCAGAGGAGAUCCUCCGACUCCGGUUGAACUCCUUGAAGAAGGAGGAUACGGAAAUGCAGCUGGAGAUGGAGAAACUGGAGCGGAGUCGUAAUCUUCACAUCCGGGAGCUCAAGCGGAUCCACAACGAGGAUCAAUCCAGAUACAACAAUCAUCCGAUGUUGAAUGACCGAUAUUUAUUGCUCAUGCUGUUGGGAAAGGGAGGAUUCUCGGAGGUUCACAAGCAGCGGUUUGUGGCUUGUAAAAUCCAUCAGUUGAACAAAGACUGGAAGGACGACAAGAAAGCCAACUACAUAAAGCAUGCCCUCAGAGAAUACAAUAUCCACAAGAACCUCACUCACGCUAGGAUUGUUACCUUGUUCGAUGUCUUCGAAAUCGAUGCCAAUUCAUUCUGCACCGUUUUAGAAUAUUGUGAUGGCCAUGAUCUGGACUUUUACUUGAAGCAGCAUAAGAUGAUAUCCGAGAGAGAAGCCCGGUCUAUCACCAUGCAAGUUUCUUCCGCUCUCAAGUACUUAAACGAGAUCAAGCCCCCUAUUAUCCAUUACGAUCUCAAACCAGGAAACAUUUUGCUAACGGGGGGAAGUGUGAGCGGUGACAUCAAGAUCACCGACUUUGGUCUGUCCAAGAUCAUGGAUUCCGAGAAUUACAAUCCAGAUCACGGCAUGGACCUGACCUCCCAAGGCGCGGGCACUUACUGGUACCUUCCCCCAGAGUGCUUCGUGGUGGGUAAGAACCCGCCCAAGAUUUCUUCCAAAGUCGAUGUUUGGUCCAUCGGAGUCAUUUUCUACCAGUGCCUCUACGGCAAGAAGCCCUUUGGUCAUAACCAAUCUCAAGCCACGAUACUGGAAGAGAACAUUAUCCUCAAAGCCACGGAUGUCCAGUUCCCCAAUCGUCCGGCAGUCAGUCAAGAGGCCAAGAACUUCAUCCGACGAUGUCUGGCCUACCGGAAGGAUGAUCGGAUGGAUGUGCCCACCAUGGUCAAAGAUCCAUACCUCUGUCCACCUCAAACCAAGCAGCAGAAACUGCAGGCUGCUCAGGCUGCCGCUCAAGCAGCCGCUGCGGCCUCGGGAUCCACCUCCACGGGUUCGGCCACCUCGACAUACACGUCCACGUCGUUCGCAGGACAGUUUCACGGACAGAACUCCGGAGAUUCCUAAUCCCGAGGAUCUUGGUGUCGAAAGACUAUCGAACACAUCUCUCUUUCUCCCCACUCUCCUCUCUCCUCACCAUUGUGAUAAAAACAGAUUCCCCCGAAAAAAACCGUUGUGACCGGAGAGAGGACAGCAAAGUGAUCUUGGCUCUCUCUUUCUCUCCCUCUUCGUCUGUAGCUCUAGCUCUAGCUAGUUGUCUCUCUGUCUGAUUGAAAAUCUCAUUCGAGAUCUCAGACUCGAUCAGGGUGUGACCAGAUAGAUCUUGUCUUUGGGCUAUGUGAAGCUCUGGUUCCGGGAUCUGAUCCGGAAACGAGUGGUACCCGCAAAAAAGACUUUUGACCCCAACGUAACUGUCAGCUGAUUAUUCUGCCCAGUUAAUCAUCCUUGAUCACGCUCCUCCUCUUGUUCUAAAAACUCGAGUUUCUUUCCAUAAACAAGCAAGCCGACUGUCGCCAAUGAUAAAAACACAUGCUGAUGAUGAUAACUACGAAAGAAAAAGAAGAAUCGCAUCUACUAUGUAAAUAAAUGUAAUCUUGCAAUUGAACCAUUGAAAA